AUGAGCGAAUUUCCCUCUGUAUGUGUUGGAAAUGAAUCACAUUUCAUGAUAACAUCAACAACAUCAAAUAUCAUACAACAACAUCCACAACACACAACAUCUACAUCAACAAUAGUAACAUCAACAACUUCAAAUAUCAUACAACAUCUACAUCAAAUACCACACAACAUCCACAUCAAAUACCACACAACACCAACAUCAAAUACCACACAACAACAUCUACAUCAAAUACCACACAACAACAUCUACAUCAAAUACCACACAACAACAUCUACAUCAAAUACCACACAACACCAACAUCAAAUACCACACAACACCAACAUCAAAUACCACACAACAACAUCUACAUCAAAUACCACACAACAACAUCUACAUCAAAUACCACACAACAACAUCUACAUCAAAUACCACACAACAACAUCCACAUCAAAUACCACACAACAUCAUCAAAUACCGAACAACAACAUCAAAUACCACACAACAACAUCAAAUAUCAUACAACAUCUACAUCAAAUACCACACAACACCAACAUCAAAUACCACACAACAACACCAACAUCAAAUAUCACACAACAACAUCCACAUCAAAUACCACACAACAACAUCUACAUCAAAUACCACACAACAACAUCCACAUCAAAUACCACACAACAACAUCUACAUCAAAUACCACACAACAACAUCUACAUCAAAUACCACACAACACCAACAUCAAAUACCACACAACACCAACAUCAAAUACCACACAACGACAUCUACAUCAAAUACCACACAACGACAUCUACAUCAAAUACCACACAACGACAUCUACAUCAAAUACCACACAACAACAUCCACAUCAAAUACCACACAACAUCAUCAAAUACCGCAGAACAACAUCAAAUACCACACAACAACAUCAAAUAUCAUACAACAUCUACAUCAAAUACCACACAACACCAACAUCAAAUACCACACAACAACACCAACAUCAAAUAUCACACAACAACAUCCACAUCAAAUACCACACAACAACAUCUACAUCAAAUACCACACAACAACAUCUACAUCAAAUACCAUACAACACCAACAUCAAAUAACACACAACACCAGCAUCAAAUACCACACAACAACAUCUACAUCAAAUACCACACAACAACAUCUACAUCAAAUACCACACAACAACAUCUACAUCAAAUACCAUACAACAACAUCCACAUCAAAUACCACACAACAUCAUCAAAUACCGCACAACAACAUCAAAUACCACACAACAACAUCAAAUAUCAUACAACAUCUACAUCAAAUACCACACAACAACACCAACAUCAAAUACCACACAACAACAUCCACAUCAAAUACCACACAACAUCCACAUCAAAUACUACACAACAUCCACAUCAAAUACCACACAACAACACCAACAUCAAAUACCACACAACAACAUCUACAUCAAAUACCACACAACAACAUCAACAUCAAAUACCACACAAUACCAACAUCAAAUACCACACAACAACACCAACAUCAAAUACCACACAACAAAAUCUACAUCAAAUACCACACAACAGUAACAUCAAAUACCACACAACAACAUCUACAUCAAAUACCACACAACAACAUCUACAUCAAAUACCACACAACAACACCUACAUCAAAUACCACACAACAACAUCUACAUCAAAUACCACACAACAACAUCUACAUCAAAUACCACACAACAACACCUACAUCAAAUACCACACAACAACAUCUACAUCAAAUACCACACAAGAACAUCUACAUCAAAUAUCACACAACAUCUACAUCAAAUACCACACAACAACAUCCACAUCAAAUACCACACAACAAAAUCUACAACAGUAA